CAACCUUGGGCAACAAUGCGAGGACAUGUGCACCGCCCACUGGCGCUAGUUGCGGCCGCCCUCGUAGGCUUCCAAGGAAACAGCGGAGGCACCCCCAGAAGACCAUUCGGUUCGACCUCAAUCUCGCAGUGUCAGAACAAGCCGCCACCACCCACAACGCUACAGCACCGACGUCUUUUUGCUGGGGGUGUUCCUGACACGCCGUUAACCAACGACAGGCUUGUCAAGACUAUCCCCUUGAACCAGUACACCCCCACCCUGCACAUUGCAGCAUCCUCGGGAUCCGUCCAAGUUGCAACAGACUUGAUUGCGAAUGGAGCAAAUGUGAAUGCUUCAGACGUAGCCGGCACGACGCCGUUGAUGGUGGCUGCUAGUUUGGGCGACCAAACGAUGUGCCAGCUCUUGUUGGACGCGAACGCUGACCUCGACGCAACCGCAGUUGAUGGCUCAACGGCCCUGCACGUCGCAGCGUAUCAUGGCCAAUUGGACAUUGUAACGCUCUUACUUCAAGCCGGCGCCGACAUGUAUGCUACUCGGCCGGAUGGCAUUGACCUCCUUCACAUCGCUAUCCGAGAAGGCCACCGACAGCUUGUGGCUGCAUUAUUGUUGGCUAAGGAUCCCUAUAUCCUCACGGAAUUCCAUCUUGAAAUUGCCAGCAAGUGGGGUCACGACCAACUCGUGGCCGAUGUCGUGUCGGCGCAGCCCCACUUGGUGACCUUUUCGGUUGUAAAUGCUGCGGUGGAAAGCGGUCGUUUGGCUACAACGAGGAUCUUACUGGCUGGAAUUACUCGCCCAAGCGACUUACGUCAGGCGAUCGUCAACGGCGCCUUACUUCAUGCGGCCGCCACGGGCCAACUAGCAGUGCUGCAACUUUUACUUGAAGAAGGAGCGGAAAUCACGGCUACAGACGACAUUGGAAAUUCGGUGGUGCAUUGGGCUGUGCGACAUAACCACCUGGACGUGCUGUUAUGCGUUCUGCAUCACUUUCCAGAUCAAUUGAUCCCGUUGUUGUCGACGCCGAAUCACGCCGGAGAGUUUCCUGUCCAUUUGGCAGCUAGAGGGGGGCACUGGACAAUGCUACAACGCCUGGAAGGUCUUGGAAUGUCCCUUCAUGAACGCUGUCUAACUAACGGAUUUACACCGUUGCAUGUGGCGGUAAUGCACGGACAUUUCAAAGCUGUGACAUUCCUACACGCCCGGGGAUGCAAUUUCCACCAGCCCACCGAGGUAGUUGUUACACACAAUCUUCCCUCAUUGAGCCGUGGAUUGACUUGUGUUUGUACUUUUGAUCAGUAUCUUACUGGAAAAUCCGCAAGUGACUUAGCUGCACAGCAUGGACACGAUGAGAUUGCACAGUUUAUUGCACAACACCAACGAGAGCCAUCCCAGCAUGCAAAUGCAGCGUGAAAGUUGCGUCGUGCAUUGUAAUACAAGCAACGCCUAUAUAAAUAGUAUGAAGUGUUGUUGUGAUAUUGUUAUCCCCAGAUGGAGGCCG